AUGAAUCUAUCUGAGAUUAAAGACUUAUUACCAACUCUUCAAAAUUCAAACAGUGGUACUACAAACACUCACCAUUCCAAUGACGAAAUCUUUUCUGGAACUGAUAAUGAUAAUGAUAAUAACAACGAUUCUGACGAUGAAGAUAAUGAGAAAAAUAAGUCAACCAAAUUGGAAAACCAAUUGAAAAACAAUUAUCCAGGUCAAGUAAUCCCUGAUAAUCAUCCAGACUUAAUCAAUGCUGAUGCUGAUCUAACUAACGAUAUACCAAUUGAUACUGAUUAUAUUGAAUUGAUUCAUCUCAAAAUCACUUCAUUAAAGGAUUUGAAUUUAAAUAGAUUCAACAAUUUGAAAUACUUGUGCUUGAGACAAAAUUUAAUUGAAAAUUUAAACGCAAUUAAAUAUUUUAAUAACAAAUCUGAUUUUGAGGAAUUGGACUUGUACGAUAACAGAAUUAAACAUAUUUCAAGUGAAUUGAAUUUAUUUACAAAUUUAAUCAAUUUAGAUUUAUCCUUUAAUAAAAUCAAACAUAUCAAAAAUAUUGAAAAUUUAACCAAGUUGAAAAAUCUUUAUUUUGUUCAAAACAAAAUUGAAGAGAUAUCAAAUUUGAAAAACUUGGUUAAUUUAGUCAACUUGGAAUUAGGUGGCAAUAAAAUUCAUGAAAUUAAUCUGGAAAUUCUAUCUUUGAUCAAUUUAGAACAAUUGUGGUUAGGUAAAAACAAAAUCAAUAAUUUACAAAAUUUACAAAACUUGAAAAACUUGAAAAUUUUAUCGAUUCAAUCAAACAGAAUCAUUAAAAUUGAAAAUUUAGAAAAUUUAACCAAUCUCGAAGAAUUAUAUCUAUCGCAUAAUGGCAUCACCAAAAUUGAAAACUUGGACAAAAACUUGAAACUAAACACGCUAGAUAUAACAAGUAACAGAAUCGAGAGGCUAGAAAACUUGAAUCACUUGAAAAACCUUCAAGAUCUAUGGUUAAGCAACAACUAUAUAAGCGACUUCAAAAACAUCGAAACUGAGUUGAAAGGGUGCACCAGCUUGGAGACAGUUUACUUUGAAGGCAAUCCGGUGCAAAAGAGCAACUUGACCUCCUACAGAAGGAAGAUCAGGAUGAUCUUAGGCCCAUCGUUAAAGAAGAUAGACGCCACCUACAUCAGAUCAUAG